AUGGCCGAAAAGUUAUUUCAAAUAGAUAGUAAUAACGAUAAUAACGAGAAGCCAUUUAGUAUAAAUUCGCCCUUAAAAGACUUUUUAGAGUAUCUUGAAACCGCCUACCUGGUGCAUGGGAGAAUUGAUGGAACUUUAUCAGAUACGUCGUUAAGAAAACCUAUCGACUGGUCGGAAUUAGCUAGGAAUCGCUUUGUAACCAGUAUAGCUGAAAUUGUCACAAAUGAAGAAGCAAAUAGAAAUAAAGAUAGGAAAAAUGCAUUUUCGGAAAAUGAAGAAUCAACAAGCACAAAUAUCGAUUCUAAAAAAGUGGAUUCUGAAAGUUUGCCACAGAAAGUUUUUGAAGCUGAAGAUACUCAAUCACAAAUUGAAUCAGAAACUGAUGCUGAAUGUUGUGAAAAUAAAGGAGCAAAACGAAAAACUACAAUGCCUAAAGAAGAGAACGAAUCUGAUACAAAAAACGAAACAUUAUUUAAUUCUAUUAUAAAACAGAAAUUGACAGAGGUGUUGAAUGAAGGUCUGCUGGAUUCAAUUUUACCAUAUAUUGCACCAAACGCGUUUUCCAUGUCCAAUUUUAAUGAAGUGAUCGGAAAAACUUUGUUGCAAGCAGGAAAUUCAACCAAGAGAGACACCAGCAAAAGAAAUACCAAUGCUGCAGGUGAUAACCAGUCAAAUCAUCAAAUAUCUGUUACCAGCAAUAUAUGCAAACAACAACAUAGUGUAAGAAGGAAAUCCUUAGCCAAUUCAAAUGCUGCUGGUGAUGCUUCUAGCGCAAGCGAUGACUUUGACAAAGAGACUGUAGUGAUCCAUGUCUGCGAUGAAAGUAAAAAUACUACAAGAGAUUUUAGAUGUUCUCAGAAAUUGCUUGUGCAACAAAUGGGUUAUUUUGCAGAUGUUCAAGCAGGUCAAAAAUUGGAAGAUAUGGAUAUAUCGGUUCACUGUGAUAUUAGCAUUUUUGACUGGUUAAUGCGAUGGGUUAAACGAGACCAAAAUAAUAUGGAUGAUUGGCCUGUAUUAGAUGCAGCAAAUGUUACACCAAUUUUAGUAUCUGCCACAUUUUUACGAAUGCAACCGUUAGUACUUGAUUGUCUGAUGUAUUGUCACGGUAAUCUAUCGGAAGUUAUUAGAGCGAGUACUGGUACUAUGACUUGUCUCAAUGAUACAAUAAUUACAAGGCUAGCGGCCAUGUACACCAACAUGGAGUUGGAAGCAGUAAGGGAUAAAAGAGAUCGAAUACAUUCGCGUCUAUUCUGCAGACUUAUAUGCAGUUUAGCUGAACCUGACCCGGAAACUCUAAGAGGGCACUAUGCAAGUCUACGUUCUUUGUUUAAGUGCAUCAGAUGUGGACAAUUAGUAUCCAGAGCGUACGCUCAUCGUAUACCGUGCACCAGUAAUGUUCCUGGUUCAUUACGCUUGAACAAAUUUGGUGAUUUAGUAUCGUCACACCAACGUGAUCCAUCUUGGACGUUGUCCGAUCACAUAAUGCAACUACACAAACAUCUCCGUGCUUGGCGUCGCGUUUAUUGGCGUCUUUGGGGCGAUUGUCAUUAUUUAGAUUGUUCGACGUGUUUGGUUCCUUUCCCUGUAUCUCGUUUUGGAUGGUGCAGAGCUCGUCAUCCUAGAGACGGUAUCAAAUGGUAUCCAAGUUCCCAAACAGUUGUGACAAAUUCAGGAGAUGCCGGAGAGAAGAUGGGAGCAUCAGUCGGAACUUUAGGCGCUACUGGGAGCGUGGGCAGGCACGAAUGUUGCGGAAAUAUUGCGUUCAGAUGCGAAGCUUAUAAGUGGCCGUCGAGCUGUGAAUACCGUGAUCAUAUGGCCGAAACUAAUGAUGAACGAGAAAAUGCUAUAUUGCAACUGUACUUAAAUAUGUCUCAAGUUAUUCAAGAAGAACCGCCGGAAAUAACUCCUAAAGAAGAGGCUAAAUGGUGGUCAAAACUUACUAUAGUGCCGGCACGAGCGAAAAGCUUGAUCCCUAUGUUCCAAGAUACUGAUUUAUUGCGACAGCAAAAGCGUACAGCUUUUUUAAAAAGUCAAAUGUCUCGUGAUAUCAAUUCUGAAUCAAUAUCAAGAAGACACAUGACAAUGCAGCGCAGUAAUACGAUACAGAUGCCUUCUUCGGAUAGUGAUACAGAUUGCGAUGUUAUGGAUUUUAACGAAGUUUUAAGCAGUUCAGACAUCGAUUUUGACUUUGAUGACACAGAAGAAGGCGAAUCCGAAGAAAAUAAUCGUAAAAAAAGACCAUCUACUUUUAAACGUCGCGGUAAGGCUGCCUACAAAAAAACAGUCAGAAAUUAUUCAAGUGUAUGGUCCGAAGAAUUAUCAGCUAGAAGUAAUCAGGACAAUCAACGAGAGUAUGAGGAAAAAGCCAUGGGACAGUUGAUAUCUAUGUUAAAUAAAAAGAAUGGUCUUGACACAAGAAAUAGUACUUUACGUCAAUACCCCGUUGGUGGUACAUAUAUAAAGUUAGAAAAUGAGUGGAAAGAAGCUCAAGCACAAUGGUCAAAUGUCAAGCCUAGAAAAAAUAAAGAUAAACUUAAGCAUUAA